GGAAGCUGCCUGGUCGUUCCGAGAGGGGAUAAAGCGCGUUCUUCUCCGUGCUGUAGAGGUGCAGCAUUCGGCUGAAGCAGGUGAACAGGUGCCUCCUGCAUCAGCUAGCGGUCGAUUUGGAGGUGCACGUCUGCCCAAGCUGGAGCUCCCGAAGUUCGACGGUGAUGUGAUGAAGUGGGGCACCUUCUGGGAGUCGUUUGAAUGUGCAGUGGACCAGGCGGAUCUGUCUGAGGUCCACAAGCUGACCUACCUGAGGUCUCUUCUCGUUGGAGAAGCAAAGCAGUGCGUGGAGGGCCUCCCCCUCAGGGCUCAGCACUACGCUGCCGCCUGUGACCUGCUGAAGAGCCGGUUUGGUCGCCCAGAGCUCAUCAUCUUCGCUCACGUGCAGCAGCUGUUGAGCCUUGGCAGCUCGAGUGAAACCAAGCUGCAAGACCUGGUCGACCGGCUCCUGGUGCAGGUGCGGAGCCUGGCUGCGCUGGGCGUCACUGGUCAGCAAUAUGGAGUGAUCCUGACGCCUCUCAUCCUGUCGCGCCUGCCCUCUGAGGUGCGCUUGGAGUGGGCCAGGAGCAGUGUUGGAAGAGAGGGUGACCUGGACAAUCUCAUCAGCUUCCUGCAACAAGAGAUCUCCAGGCUGGAAAGGUCAGGCGUGUAUGAGGGCCUGACGUCAACGAGGACGACUACCUCUCCAGGCCAGGCAGCUGCUGCUGCCACUGGACGCCGACCUGCCUUCUCUGGUGGGCGCCAGGGACCGGUGGCUGGCCUCCUGGGCCAGCGUGGGGCUCGUUCAGCCUCCCGCCCUUCUACUGCUGCUCUACAGUCCGCCGCUGCUGUGCGGUGUGGCUUCUGCGGACAGCAGCAUCAGACAGCUAAGUGCUUGGGGUGGCAAAGACUGAGUGUAGAUGACCGGUUCAGCUGUGUGAGAGAGAAACGCUUGUGUUUUUGCUGUUUAGAGACUGGGCACAUGGCUAGACGCUGUGCUGCCAGAUGUGGGAAGUGUGGUGGGCGUCACCAUGUGACCCUGUGUGCUAAUGAGGGUUCCCGGAGGGUGGAUGCUGGGGUUGGAGCCAGGGAGGGGGCCCCCACCCAGGGUGUAGCCAUGGGGGGAGGGGGACAGGGUGAGAGUGUUUCACUUUCAUGCACAACCAAUGGAACUGUCACAUUGCUGCCUGUCGCCACAGUAUUGGUCCCUUCCGUGGAUGGUAACAGUGUUGUCAAAGGUACUCUGAUCUUUGAUGGAGGUGCAGACCGCUCAUUUGUGACAAAGUCGUUCAUGAGGAAGGUCAAAGGAGAGCUUGAGGGCUCUGUCGAGAUGAGCUGUGCCUCCUUUGGUGGCUCAAAAAUGACUGAUGUGUGUGAUGUGUAUGAAAUCAGUGUGACUGGCCUGAAUGUCUCUGUGCCCACAGCUGAAAAACUGCGAGUAGUGGAGGUGGAGCAAAUAUCGGCGCCCCUGCGGAGACCACCUGUGUCCUCGAACCUACUGCAGCCCUUCAACCACCUCCAGCUGGCUGCUGACUGCCCCUCGUCUGAGUCCACGCUGCACAUAGACCUGGUGAUCGGGCAGGACCAGUACUGGGCCCUUGUUAAGGCGGGGCUGGUGAGGGAUGGUGGGCUAGUGGCUAUGGAGACAGCCUUUGGCUGGGUUCUCUCUGGUGCUGUGGAUGGACGGUCGAAAGUAGAGGGCUGACAGUUACUGACCUUGGUAGUGCCGCACACCUGUGGCUGUGAUGUGUGGGCUCAGGGUCCCUGUGAUGUGGAGAAUAGCGAUGAGAGUGAGGAUUCAUUGCUAAGGAGGUUCAAUGAGACGAUAGAGUUUGAGGACGGGAGGUACACAGUACAGAUUCCUUGGACAGAUUCUAGGGAUCAGUUACAGGAUAACAGAAGGGAAGCAGAGAGGAGACUGAUAAGUUUGGAGAGGCGGCUUCAGCGGAAUCCCCCUCUCCAGGCUGCCUAUGGUGCUGCUCUUCAACAGAUGGAGGAUGAUGGCUUCAUCAGUGAGGUGCCUCCUGAUGAGCUCGUGACCGAGAACGUGACGUUUUACCUACCUCACAGACCAGUUGUGAAACUGAGCAGCAGCACUACCAAGGUGCGACCCGUCUUCGAUGCCAGUUCGAGAGGGUCUAACGGACUGUCCUUGAAUGAUGUUGUGCACACUGGCCCCUCUCUGAUGCCCAGCGUGCAGGAUGUGUUGCUGCGUUUCAGGCGUUGGAGAUAUGGCGUCAGUGCUGAUGUGAAGCGUGCCUUUCAUCAGAUCUGUUUACAGGAUGAGGACAGAGAUGCACACCGGUUCCUGUGGCGCCAAGAUGGACGCCUCCGUGUGAUGCGCUUCAAGCGUGUGGUGAUGGGUGUGGCGUGCAGCCCCUUCUUGCUCAAUGCGACCAUCAAAUACCAUCUCUCACAGAGCCCUGACAGCAAGGUGAAGACGGAGCUGUUGGACUGCCUCUAUGCGGACGACUGGCUGUCCGGGGCCGACAGCGAGGAGGAGGCGGCGGCUCUGCUGCAGGAUGCCUGCACCGUGAUGGCUGCUGCAGGCAUGGAGCUGACUAAGUGUUCCAGCAACUCGCCGCUCCUGUUGGACGCGGUGAGACAGGGGGCCGCCUGUUCAGAGAAUGAAAGUGUGAAGGUGCUCGGCGUCACCUGGUGUCAGGAUGAUGACACACUCUGUUUCACAGGUGACCACCUGCCUGUUGGGAUUGUGCCGACAAAGCGUGUGGUGCUGUGUAUGAUGGCCCGCGUGUAUGACCCGCUUGGCUUACUCAGUCCCUUCACAGUGCUGGCCAAGAUUUUAUUCGAAGAGCUAUGGGAGCUCAAGGUGGACUGGGACGAGGAGCUUCCGGAGGAGAAGGCAGAGCUGUUCUGCCGCUGGCUGGACGGCUGCCGGCGACUGCGGGACGUGAGGGUGUCCCGCUGCUUCACUGCGAUGUCCGCCGGUGACUGGUCGUCACUCACAGGUGAUGUGGAGCUGCACGUAUUUGCGGACGCUUCUCUGAAGGCGUAUGGUAGCUGUGUCUAUCUCAGGUUCGUGCAGCCUGACGGUUCAUACCGCGUGUCUUUCGUCAUGUCCAAGGGACGCGUGGCGCCGCUGAGGCAGCGGCUGACUCUCCCCAGACUGGAGCUGCUGGCGUGUCUGACGGCAGCAGAGCUGGUGAGACUAGUUAUCGAGGCUCUGCGCCUACCGGAGGAGACCCCCUAUGUGUGCUGGAGCGAUUCUAUGGUCGCUCUCGGAUGGCUCAGGGGGCGACCUGAGCGCUGGGAUGUGUUUGUACGUAACCGUGUUUCUCGCAUACAGGAGCUGACCUGCUCAGAGAACUGGCGCCACUGCCGGUCUGAGGAUAACCCUGCUGACCUCAUGACUCGGGGCGUGUUGGCAGAACAGCUGGUGACGUCACCGCUGUGGUUCAGCGGACCGGAAUGGCUGUCACGGGCGGAGACGGCGCCCGUGUCUGCUGACGUCACACCACCUGCUCCUCAGCUGCCUGAGGAGGUGGAUGCUGUGGCCGGUGCAACUCUGACGGCGGUGAGAGUGGACGAGUCUGAGCGCGGCCUGUUUCAGGUGACGAGAUACGGGACGCUGGCGAAAGCCACGCGUGUCGUGGGGUGGACGCUGCGGUUUGUGUAUAACUGCAGGCACCGCUCAGAGCGCCGAGCUGGUGAGCUCACAACUGAGGAGCUGGCGGCUGCCUGUGACCAUUUGUAUCGUGCCGCACAGGUAGACAGCUACUCUGCCGAGAUUGACCUGCUGCGGCAGGGCAAGCCAGUGCCCGCCAGCUCGCCACUCCUCAGAUUGACGCCCUUUCUCGCUGAUGACGGUCUUCUGCGCGUGCGCGGGCGGCUGCAAAUGUCUGACUUGUCGUAUGAGGAAAAGCAUCCGAUAAUUAUCCCCAAAGGCUACCUGGCAGAGCUGCUGGUGCGUGAGCGGCACAGGGUGAUGAAGCACUGCGGUGUUUCGACCUUGAUGACCGCCCUGAGGUCCAGCCUUUGGAUCGUCGGUUUGCGCUCGAUCGCGCGGCGCGUCGUGAGGAGCUGCGUGUCCUGUCGGAGGCACGACUCUCGAGCCUGCUGCGAGCCGGCGCCACCCCUGCCUCGUGACAGGGUGACCGAGGCGAAAGUUUUCGAAGUUUGUGCACUUGAUUUUGCAGGUCCUCUGUUCUCUGCCGAUUGUCCGAAGCAGAAAUUGUAUAUCUGUUUGUUUACGUGCUCUGUGGUGAGGGCCGUGCACCUCGAGUUGACGGAGUCGAUGGGAGUUGACGAUUUUUUGUUAGCCUUUCAGAGGUUUGCAGCGCGGCGCGGUGUUCCGUCGACUGUCUAUUGUGACAAUUUCAGGACUUUCAAGUGCGCCGAGCGUCUGUUACAGGGGCAGUACGGCCGACUUGCGCCGAGAUUCAAAUACUCGGCGCCACUGGCUCCCUGGUGGGGAGGCCAGUUUGAGCGCAUGGUGCGCAGCGUUAAGGCGGCGCUGAAAAAAUCCCUCGGUCAGAGACAUUUGACAAAAACUGAACUGCAGACUGUGCUGACUGAAAUCGAGGCUUGUGUGAAUUCCAGGCCGCUGACCUUUGUUGGUGAUGCACCUGAUGACCCUGUGCCACUGACCCCUGCGCACUUUCUGACUGGGCACAGUGUGGGCUUCCAAGUGCGGUCGGCUCAGGAGCCCUCCGCUCAGACAGCAGAUACACUCAGAUCGCGCGCGAGGGCUAGAGCGAGGCGUCUGAACAAGUUCUGGACGGUUUGGAGUCGUGAUUAUCUCAGGAGCCUCCCUCUAGCGGUGAGGCGCUUCAGAUCCCAAGGUGGGCUGGUGGAGGGUUCAGUUGUCCUCCUUCAGGACGAGAAUCAGCCCCGAUUUAAGUGGGAGAUGGGAGUGGUGACCAGGUUGUUCCCUGGGAGGGAUGGUGUGCCCAGAUCUGCCGAGGUACGAACGUGCCGUGGACGGAAGACGAGGGCAGUGCAGCGUCUGCACGACCUCGAGAUCCUGAGUCCGUGAGUCCGACCAUCACACCGUGAGUCCGUGAGUCCUCUUCUCACCCUGACCUCGGCUGCCCAGUGCCCGUCUCCGCAUUGGUGUGAUAUUUGUCGUGGUUUAGUUUUGCGCCGAUGUGUUUGUUCAGUUUCUCGUCGAUUUUUAUAAUGCGCCGAUUUGAUUUAUCGUAUGCUAAGCCGGUGGUAUGUGAUGUGUUGUGAACUUGCGAAACGUCUGUCCCGUUUCACGGGGGGAGGAUGUUAGGGAAUACCGCCGGUCUACCGGGCAGGUGGCCCGAAUGCCGGACGCUCGAGCGCCGGCUGGCGGGCGCGGCGGCUCGGUCGGUCGGUGCCGCGUGAGUUACGUGUGCGCUCGGCCUGCCCCCCGGCGGUGAGCGAUCAGCUGACCGGGCCCGGGCGGCCGGUAGCGGGGGCUGUGGCGAGCAUUAUUGGCUGUUGGUCCGUGCUGGGACGAAGUUGUCGGUCUUGGAUGUGUGAAUUGUCACCGUUCGUGGCAAAUACAAGACUGAUUAC